AGGAAAUGCAAUCAACAAACCUUCCUCGCGAGCAAGACCAGUCAGUUCAACAGAGUCCAGCUCUUGAAUUCAUUCUUGCGGCAACUUUUCUGUCUAUACUUGAAUAUCUGAAACACAAGUCCUUUUGUUCUAACCAAUGAAAGCAAGAUGCCGAAGCUGAAGGGAGUCGAAGGGACGAAAUCUCACAAGAAGAUGGGCAUAGCAAAACGAAGAAGAUCGAGUGGAACGGCUUCUGUCAAAGGAAAGAGCAAUCUUCGUAACAAGAGAAAGAAGGUUUGAAUUUGGUUAAAUUUACUUGAAAAAAAUCGAUUUGUUUUUAUUUAAUUGCACCAAAGUUUCCUCAAAAUUCUACGAGAUUUUCUCUUACAUAUGCUCUGUUUAUAGUUUCUCUAUUGACCCGGUUAUACCAGACGCUUGUUCGAUUAGUCUUGCUCGACUUUAUCCUGAACUAAAUUUCUUUUUCUUGCAGGAUUUUCUAAAAGUUUUAAUUUGAGUCUUAAAACUUCUGGGCAGUAUUUAUAAUAUUCUAAGGCAUACGCCCGAGAAAUCUUUGAGGAUAUAGGUUAAAAAGUUUUGGCGUCGAGCUCUUGUCUCUGGAUUCGUUUAAACUUGUAGCUUCGAGAAAAAUACUGCAACAUUUGUAGUAUGUUAUUUUCCAUCACGGUUUCUUUUCAUCUAGAUAUAUAUUUUCUUGUUCCAAUAUCUUCGCCGUUCAAGCGGUUUGGUCAUUUUCCGAAGUUUUGCCCUUCGAAGUGUGAGUACAGACCAGUCUUGUCCUUUAAUAUGAAAGGUUGUGCGUGGAGACCUUCCCUUUCAAAAUAUUAUUUUACUUUUCAAAGCCUCCUGUUUUGUAUUUUUGAGCUCACAUCCAUUCUUCUCUUUAGUUUGAGGCUAUUGUCAAGAGGGCGCUGGGCCUAUAACAGAAAUCAUUCGAGGAGUCUUACAAUUUUGGUGAAAUGAUUUUUCAGUAGAAGGAAUCAGCUGUGUCUAUGUGCUUUUAAACUGCACGCACAGAGUGCUGGCGUGUCAAAGAUGGGAACAGUAAAAUCCGGCCGCAAGAAAAAAAUUAGCGGGUACCUGUUAUUCAAGAGAGUAACCUAAAAAGCUGCGUAACCAAUAUUUUUAAGGGAAAAAAUUAGGAUCUUUGGAAUUUUAAAGUAAGAAUUGUGUAAAACUUCCAGACUCAGGCUAAAACUUUUUUUUCAGUCUGGAAGAAGUGUGAGCCCCCGGAGUGAUUCUUCUGAGGACAGCGUCUUGUCGAGUCAAGCAUGCGCACAGAGGUCGUCAGGGAGGCUGAAAAAAAUGGCGGCAAUGUUCAAUCGAGAGGCGAGUUUUGAUGAUAAUCGGUCGGAUAUUUACGACGACGAUGAAGAUAGAGGAUUUUUUCAGAUGAAUGAAUCAGAUGAAGGUACAGUUAGUAUUUUAAUGUGAGGAAAAAGCGGCUUAUCUUUUUACGAGGUGUCUUGUCGUCCCUCAUAUUUUGACAUGCAACUGGUCAAUCCAGGUUGUGUUUACAUUGUACAUUUACAAAAUCUGCUCAGUUUUUUUACUCAGGCAUCCUGUCGAGGGUUCGUGUCUAUUCUCUUAGCAUAAGCAGUUGUCGAUACGCUAUAGUUGAACGUCAAAGUUUUUAAUGGGACUACAUUUUUGCACUUUUGUGAGAUCUGCAUUCUUUGUGCCGUCUACGUGCAGACUUUAUUAAUGCAGAGAUGCUGAUCACGGACGAUGAAAAUUGUGGAGAACUUUUUAAACGCCAAAACAUGUCAUGACCUUCUUAAAUAACAUUGUAGGUCCCCUACCCUUUCAGAACUUGAGGUGGUUAGAGGGGGUAUGCCGCAGGGCUGCAAAUAACGGCCGGUCAACGGACAACGUCCGGCCUGAUGGCGGACUUGACCGGUCAAACUCCGGCCCUGCCGGUCAUUUUGACCGGUCAUUUUUGGAUACAAACUCUUUAUUUUCCAUACAGUUGUCGCUUAAUGCUCUAUAACGCUGCAAUGAUUUCUUUUUUCCUUGGCGUUUUUUGCUGCUUUGCACUAAACCCUUCUAAUAAAAAGAGCGCCGCAAUAAAUUAAUUUCAUGUCGUCAUGUCGUAAUCUAACGCAACAAAGUGAAUAACAAACUCAGUUGGAAAGUAACGUAACGUUGCAAGUUGUACUGUACUUUUGGCUUUGCUGUAAUCGGUAAUGUGACCUUCUUUGGGAAUUCGAAGGAAUUCAGGAUCAUUCAGGCAAAUCGAUCGCAAUUCUCAACAGGUCGUCCUGUGUUUCUCCGCGAAUAAAUGUUAGCGCAUCGAUUAAUAAUAAUUUCUUUUAUGUCGAACAUGAAUCUCGUUUGCAGACUCGAUUCCAGAAUGGUCUGAUAAAAAUUUAAGCUACUCAAGAGGGAAGGUUGUCGUCUAUCACGGCGCUAGCUUCUCGUUCUUGUAAACAACUUUAUGCAAAUUUCUGUUGACAUUUGAGCCCUUCGCGAUAAAAUGUUGCGCGAUGACCCAAAUUUAUUUAUUGACUUCUGAUCAUCAACACGCUGUUUGUGGAACAAACUUUGUUUUUUUUUUUUCGUGAUUUCUAAAGUUUGCUGAACUGUAGGUGUAUUCCGUUUCCUGAACCUUAGGAGUUUGAAAAGGAUUUACGCUUCACUUUUUACCUCUAGAGACUUCAGACACCGCCGUGCAAUGAUACUCAAGGUAGAACGUAACAUUAAAACACGCGAAAACUGCGGAAAGGAACUCUACAACGUGCGAAUGCAUUUUUCACCAAUUUGCUGUCAAAAAUGUGAGCGUCAAUGUAGUAAUAAUGAUCUAUUGCCAGCAUAAUUGGAUAUUCCUUAGGCAAAAAAAAAUUAUUAGUAUUCAUUAUUUGACCGGCCAGAAUUGGGGUUUGUCCGGGCUAAAAAAUAUUUGGCCGGUCAUCAUGACCGGCAACCUGCUGUCCGUUAUUUGCAGCCCUGGUAUGGCCGGCCGGAAUUAUUAUUUAAUUUAACAUCGACCACCCUCUGUGCAUUAUUUUUUUUAUUAGCAUUUUUGGUGAUAGUGUGUGACAUUCUCAGAUUCUUUGCAUUUCACAUGCUAGGAAAUGCAGUUUGAGAGAAAAUAAAUGUGGCAUAACAUUUAAGCUCAAUUUGCCACCUCAAAUAAAAUCAAACCUUUCCACAACCUCUCUUGGGGACAAAGUUGAGGGUUCGUUGUAGAGAUUUGGCCAUUUUAAAGAGGUCAAACAAGGGUAAAUGUAUCUGCUGGAAGAAAAAAGUGGCCAUUAUUUGUAGAAAGGUAGCCCUUGGGAGAGGUUCGAAAUGUAUAUCCUGCAGAUUAUGUUGGUGGACACACUGGAAGGGUGGGUAUAUCAAUAUAUUUUUCUUGUGUAACAAUCACUGUUGGUCUUUUCCCUCUCUUUUUUCAUGGGGAGGGUUGUUUGGUAUUAUUAUAUUAAAGUGUUGGAUCAAUAGUGCAGAAUGUUAAAAGGUUGUUAGUUGUCCUUUGACAAUGAAACAGAGAAUGUUGGAACAUGAUUGUGACAGGUCAUGUCGUAAAUUGUGUUCUAAUGCAUACGUUAUCAGGGCUGUCAUUAAAGGAUGAGGGCCGAGACUUUCUCCCAGCUUCUAUGACAUGACCCUUCUUUCAUUGGAAAAUGGAACAAAAAUAGAACCAAAAAAAAUUCCAAGCUGUUUGAUUCCCUACCUACGUGAUGUAUUUACCCAGCAAAUUGAAAUCUUGGUGACAUCUCUGUGUUAUUAUACCUCUAAAACAGUGUUUUUUUUUCUUUUUCACUACAUAAGUGAUCACACAUAAGUGAAUGGCUUAGGCUUCAAAGGAAAAUUGAUUUGUAAUGCUAUUUUAUAUUAAUUAUUAGACACUGAGGAUGCAAGUGAGACUGAUAUGGCCAAGCUUGAAGAAGAGUUUACAGAAAUGAAAGAGCAGUAAGUGGUACCAUAUCUAUUAAUGUGCCCAAUUUAUCCUUUAUCAGCUGGUCAGAUUGUUGAUCUUCCCACUUUUUCAUACUUAUACCUGUAGCUAAGGUUAGGUAGCAAUGAAGAAAGAGGUGCAGUUACCUGCCUAACAGUCAGUGGUAGCAGAAUGUCAAUUCAUUCUUAGAAUACUCCUUCAUCGUAGCACUGUGAAGUAUAUUUAGGUGCAGUUUAGUUUAGUGUUAAUUAUCAGCUUCUGGCUGCAGGCUCAUUUUGACUCAGUUGUUUAAUAAUAAUGUUUCCUUAUUUUGAACUUCUGUUAGGAUGUAUCAAGAAAAGCUGCAGGACUAUAAACAACAGUUACAGAAUUUGAUUGGUGGUAGGUACUUUUAAGAGGGAAAUGAAUGUUCACUUCACCAAGUUUAAAGUAGGCAAAAUUUUUCAAGAUUUAUCUUGAGCCAAUGUCUUCAGUGGUCCCUGCCUUAAGUGCACAUGUAUGUACACUUGGUGUUCAUUGCUUUUUUCUUUGUUAUUUAAGCUAAUCCUGCACUGAGAUCUCAAAGGUCAACUCUUUUUUAAACAUAGAGGGAUUAUUGCAUUUUACAGUGGAACCUUGAUAUAAUAAAUGGCCAAAGGACUGGCAAAAUACGUUUGCUAUAACAAGGUUUCAUUAUAUUGAGGUUCUUUUCAACAUAUUUUACUAUUACUGGAAUGAAGAAGAAUAUCUUUCUUUAUAUCUUGUUAUAUAGAGAUUCAUUAUAUUGAGUUUCCUUUGUAGUUGCUAAUAGGGAGCUUAAGCAACAAUGAUGGCAACGUCUAGGAGAGUGGGAAGAAAGCAGUAGGUCAAGAUUAGCAAAACAACAACUUUGCACGUGCAUCAUGCUUUUUUGUCCAUUUCUUUGUUUUCACUGCACGACUACGACGUGAAAAUGCCUAAUUUCACGUGUUACGGAGGACGUGAACACAAGACGACUUUCUCUUUCUUUUCCUGACCUUCGAUUUUACAGGUUUUAGAAUUCAACUCCAGAAAUAGUUGCCAACUUGACGAAUUAAAUGAGAUGGAAUGAGGACGAUGAAGUUUAAAGCAUCGCGACUUCACUUUUUAUGUGCCGUUUUUGUAGCCUUCAUUGUCAUUUUUGCUUAAGCUCCCUAAUGAUCUCAGUGAAACAAUGCUGUACUCUGUCAAAUUCAGGGUGCCUAGCUGAUGAUUUUUGUGAAAAUGACUAAGACCUCCUUAUCAGCCAAGAGCCAAAGUAAGGUGCCAGGGGCCACUGGGUACAGUUAGAGCACAACCCUGGUGAAACCCUGUUUUGUCAAAUUAUUGAUUUCUUUCAUGUUGUAAAUUAGGAAAGCAUCCUGAGUACACUAAAAGGAUGAAUAAACUGGACAUGUUGAGAAGUGAGAGACUUCUUAUUGCAGGUAAAGUAGCUCAACUUUCUUGUAUACCAGGUAACCUGGUGUGCUUGAAAUGAAAAAUUUCUUUUUAAGAGCACUGGUAAAAGUAGUGAGACUUUUUUAACGGUUGUUGAUAAAAAUGUUUUCCAUCUUAGUGAAAGAUUAUUAUCAAGUCACUUUUUAAAUUUACCAUCCCCUCCCCAUAAGCAGAAGUCAUGGCUAAUAAAGUGUUAAAAGGUCAUCAUUGUCAUGAAGAUAUUGUUCAUGGUGGAUAAUGUGUAUAAAGGGUUUCGUUAAUCGUUUGUCUCACGAUUGUCACAUCACGAUGUUUCUACCGCGUACUGCAGGUCUUCAUCAGGCCAUAGUGUCGAUUUACUGAGUAGAACUAUUGUACCACCAUGUUUGCUAGUGAUUGAUGUUUCACGAACCUUGCUCAUUGUUGGUGGGUUUCGAUCCAAAGCAUUGUUGGCAUUAUUUGAGGAGGAAACUGUUCCCUUCGUGGUCCGUUGUGGUAAUGAUUGGAUGCUAUGCUGUCUGAUCGUAGGCAUCCAUGCAUCAGGAAUCUCAAUUCCACCGUCGCCCUGUUGAUUUUGUUAGGGUAAAGUCUUAUGUGAAUAGCCUCUUUAACUCUACGAGAGUACCAGUGAGAGUCUUGGUCAAUAAACUUAACCUCGUCCCAGAGUGGAUAAUGUCCGGUCUUAUUGCAGGGGUUUCAAUAAGGAUAAUGGGUCUUAAGGUCUUAUUGACAUGUUCAUGAAAAUUUUGGUUCUAGAAGCUUUCAACUAAUUUAAACAAAUUUGAAGAGAAUUCUGAAGUAGUCAUAGUCAAAACCUAUUUUGCCAAAUUUUUGGGCAUUUAAUGUAAAUCAGCCCGUUGCAGCGGGUACCCCGCUAUUGAAACCCCUAAAUGUUCAGAAAUGGCUGAAGUUUCAGUUCUUGAAAGCCAUUUAAUGUAAAUGACCUAAUAAAUGCUCACUUCCAAAUAAAUGCCCCCUAUGCAAAUUACUCCAAAAUACUAGGAAUAAGCAAAGUCAUUCAAUUCAUUCUGUUUCUUGCUUGAUUAAGAAAGCUUUGAGAAUUCAUCUUGUGCAAUGUUGAGUUAAAAGUAAGGAUAGACUAAUGAUGGCAACAACAAUAACCCUGAGCGAGGAUUCUGACAGCCAUGUUGGGAUUACAAAGAGAGAUAUGGAUCUCUAGACAGCCAAGAGAUAUCAGUUGAUGGAGUGAAUUUUCCGCUAUUUUUAAACUCACUUAAUAUUUUUGCUGAAAUCUUAUUGGUUUGGUUGAGCUUGUUACAGUUAUGAAAAUAUACUCCCCCUCUCUUUAAAUGCGUCCUAUCUAUUAAAUGCCCCCUCUUGGACCUCUAAAACUAAAUAGACACCCCAGGCAUUUAUUAGAAGGUCAUUUAUGGUAUCCCUAUUGUGCUCCUUAAUCUGUUCAUGCAUGUACCUUCCCAUUUGCCAAUGUAUACUUUGUGGCAUUCACAAGGAAUCUUAUACACCACUCCAUCUUGUUUUCUUAGAUCAACAGCAUCCUUAGGUUGCACUAAGUGUGCCCUUAAUGUUGUAUUUGGACUUGAAAACAGAUCGUAUGCCAUGCUGUUGUAGGCUAUGAAUAAAGUGGUUCAGUUAACCCUCUGAUGUAAGGUAGAAGCGCUGUAGAUUUAAUUUCGAUUGUGGGUUCUGAUUAUUGGAAUGUGUGAUGUUAACUACAAAUGAGUAGGGGUAUCCUUUAGAGUCCAGGACAGAGGAUAAAUAUCUAAUGUCUUAUUAACAAACCUACAUGUAGUGGAUUAAUCUGACUAUUCUGUUUUCAUUUGCAGAAAUUUGCCGAAAGUAUGAGGUUAGUAUUUGAGCAGAGGCAUCUUUAUUAUGUGGUUAUGACUACAUGUUUUAGUGAUUUAAUAUGGUACUUUGAUAAUGGGUGGUAGUGGUGGGGGGUAAUGGCGUGGCAGCACUUUUUGUUUUUGUCUUUAUUUACCACUACUUGCAAACAAAAUUUUGCCUUCAGUGUAUUGGAUAUUUCAAAGUUUGUAACAUUUUAUCUUUGACUUUUACCCUAGAUGGAGCUGAUUGAGAAAGAAUAUGUUCGAGAACAGAAGGCAGCACAGCAGGAAUAUGAGGUCAGUUAAUCUUUUGCCUUCACAAUAAAACAUCAAAGUCAAGCAUAUUAGCUGGUAAAGGGGUUCAACUUACUUGAAGGCAGUAAAGUUAUCAUUCUGAAAGUUUGGGUUUCAAGAACUGCUCUGUUGCUAGCUUGGGUUGUUUAGUGAUCAGUAAUUCCUUAUACUUGCUGGCCAUGCUUUUUAAUAAUCCACUGUUUCACCUGCAGCCAGUUGGGAUUUCAGCCCCUACAGGGUAAUUUAAAUUAUUUGUUUCAGCUGCGAGCAGAGGCUACAUUUUUGCUGCGUGAGCUUUCGUGCAAAAAGUAGCCUCUGCCAACAACUGUUCAAAUCUGUCCAGAAAUCUGGACGAAUAAAUUAAAAAAAACAGGUUUUUUCCUGUUCUUCACUGGUUUAGAGCUUUGCAUGAGUCUUGUGUACUAGCAGAUCAGAGUUGUUGCAAUUUUUUUUUCGGCUGAAACUUGCGCCAUUUGACGACAGACCUGACAAUUAAUUUUGCUCAUGAAAAUUUAUGUCAAGGUUUGACAAUUGAACAGUUGUUUCCUUCUGAUUUCUGUAGCAAAAGAAAGUUGAACUGAAGGAAACUCUCCUGAAUGAGCUGCAAGAGAAGAAAAAGGUGAUAGAGUCUGAGAGGAUAUCAAUGGAGCUUACUGGAGGUUAGCGUCAAAGUAUAUUUUUGUUCAGCUUGUCCCAUCUUGCCAGCUGCCAGAGCCAGCCAUAUAAUACAGUCAACUCUAUUGUAAGUGACUACCCUUGGCACAUGACAAAGUAGUCCUUCACAGGAGGUGGUCGUCUACAAGAAAAAUCAAGAAAAUAUGCUUAAAGUGAACUGGGUAACAUAAUUACGUUAAGUUACCACCUUAAAAGCUAAAAUUAGGCUUAUAGACUACUGGCAAUAAUGUUUCUCAUCAAAUAGUGCUUGGAAUUGUUGAAACUUUGUACAUAUCAUAUUGCAUCAACGUAACAAUCCACUUUUUUACCUUAUACAUGGACAGAUCUUAUAACAGACAUCAUUUUUGUAAGUCAAUUGCUAUAAUCAGUCAGCACGCUUGGUCACCGCUAUGUAAAAACUGUGACAUUCAAGAAUGUUUUUCUUACAAUCAUAGGUGAUCGUGAUGAGUGGUUGCUUACAAGAAAUGGAAAACAAAUGAAUAUGUCAAAUUUCUGGCCUAAAAAGUGGUCCCAACCGUGAGAGAAAAUUUAGAAGUGUUCCCUUACAGGAGAGUUUUUAAAACAGCACUUUGACUGAGAACCAAAACAGUUAUUUACAAGUGAUGGCUUGUGGGAGGUGGUUGCUUACGAGAAGUGGUCACCCUGAGAGAGUUGACUGUAACAUCAAUAUUAAUUAUUACCUGAUUAUUUUUAUAAUUCGGCCAUAUGGCCAAAACAGGAUUCAGUAGUGUGGUUUUAAACUGAUAUAUUCAAAUUUUUUGUUGUAGACUCAGUAGAAGUGAAACCUGCUGUUACACGAAAGCUGAGAAGAAGGCCUAAUGAUCCCCUUCCUGCUCCGGAGAAAAGGAGAAAAACCUCUCAUAUCCUUUUCAAUUAUCUCAAAACUAGACAAAGAAUUGUGUUCAAAGCAAAAUAAAAUUAUUGCUUUGUUAAAUGGCCUUAACUGAUUCCACCCCAGAUAAAUUAUAUGCUUGAUGAAGAAGACAUCAUGGAGGACUUAAAGGCACUCAACAAACUUGUUUCCCUCCCUGGUGAGGUAUGUGAGCUCUCUCUACAAUCAACUGCCAGGUACCCUUUGGCAGCACUUAGAACAAUGUGAGCUAUUAGACCACCUUAACCCAUUUGCAUGUAGCUAACAACCCAAUUUGAAGUUAUUUGCACCAUUUUCUGAUCACUAUCUGACUAAUUUGAGCAAUAUUUUAGCUUAUAUCCCUGAUGCCUCCAUUCAACUUGCAAAAGUUUGGGCAUUUUGGAAGACAAAUUAAAAAGUGACUCUGUCCCUUAAAUACUUAAACCUCUCACUAUCUCUCCUCCCCACUUGGUUAGCUUUUCUUUCCCUUUUUUCCCCUUUUUGCUAGGUAUUUACAUGAGGGUUUCUGUUGUGUGAAUGUGUUAACAAAGGCUAGCUGCGAGGGCCUGUGUAGUGUGAAAACGUUUUUAAUCUAGUGAUGACACCUCAAUAGUAAUCUCUGACUCUGAAGUCACAAAGUUGUUUUGUUUUGUAGAUAUCCUCAUCUCAGUCUCGAUCAGAGAGUAAAACUGGGAAUAACCGAAUUAAAUCAGGUAUGAUUUCUUACUAUUUCAUUUGUCAACGGCCCAUUUGAUUACUAAAUAGCUUAGGUUGCACCAAUUUGAUCCUUUGAAAUGGUUACAUGAUAUGUACUUGUAAAUCUUUCUAGGGAAUGGUUCUCAUUCAGAGAUCUCGUACCCAAUUGAAGUCAGAUCUGAAGAUGGGAAGCUGUUUUAUGACAAAAAAUGGCAAGUUCAUAUUCUCAAGAAAAACAAAAUCAUUUUUUUGUCUCGCUAGCUGGUACAACAUGUUAAGAAUCACUAUUAUUACUGUUUUUCUCACCAGGUUUCACAAAGGAACUGGAGUAGUUGUGGAGACAAGAGAAAAUGGGAGAUACAGGUAAAUAUUAGGACUGUAUUGAUUUAGAGAAAAUCCAAUGAUUACAUACUGCUGUUAUUUAUAAGUAUAUUGAUUAGCAUGGGCAGAGGUGCCCAAUAGCUCAUGUUGGUAUUUUCUCUGUAUACGAGCCACACCUAAGUAAAGUAUUCUUCUUUUUCAGCGGUGUCCUUCAUUCCAUUGGUCAGUCAGAGGUGAGGCAUUUUUUUUAACAGUCCCUUGCAGAAUUUGCAAAUGAGUUAUUGGAGUGUGCAAGGAAAGUCAUGUCCGAUAGCCUGAGGCUAUUGGGUUUUUUGCAACUGGGGUAGUGGAAUUACCUUCUUCAUUUUCGGGGGGUGAAUUCAAAUAAGAGAAACUACAAGCUGAAUAGUCUUUUUGUUUAAACCUUACCUUAUGUUUUAGUUAAAUUAGAGCAAUUUCACCUAUUUAACAAGUUUAAUGUUUUAACUCACUAGAUCUGGAUCAAGAAAACUGACAACAACAAAGUCCGCAUAUACAUAUCCUCACUUAUCAAGGGAAAAUUUCACCUCAAGAAGAAGAGCACAUCAAGCAACAGCAAUCAUCAUGCUAGUUCAUCACCUGCAUUAUCUCAAACCAGUAAUACAUAACAAGCAUGAAAAGAUAUUUUUCCUUGUAAGAUAGUAAAUAGCAUGUAGUAGUAUUGUCUCUCCAGGGUGUAAAAUAAUAUUCCUGGAGUCAAACCUCUUGUAAUAAUUUUCUGCAGGCAAUUGUCCAGCGACUGCACUCUCUUUUUGGUGUUCAAGUUUUCACAUUUUAGUUUUAGACCUCUCAAAAGUGGCUAGUCGACACAUCAACCUUACUCCCCUACCAGUGUUAACUGGAAGAAUGCAACACCAAUACAAUCACUGAUAAGACAAUACUGAGUUUUUUCCUUUCCUUAAAUAGGACAGUACAAUAUACUGACUUCACUCUAUGUAUUAGACAAGCCAAAGCCAUGCAAGGGCCAGUCAUGCUUUUAUUUUGAAAUUGCAGUCUAUUCAAGGAAGAGGCCCCAUGCAGUAAGCAGCUCCUAGAUCAUGGGUUUUUGGGAGUUUGCUUAUGAGAGGUUCAGUUGUAUAAGAGGUUAUGAUCUUGGUGUUAAUUGCUGGGCUGUCACUAAGAUUUCACAUUGCUGAUAAUACAUUUAGUGGGCAGGAAAUCAAGCAGUUGGGAAUUUCUUUUGUUUUCUAUGAAAGUUAUCAGACCCCAGGGUGCAAAGAAAGUCAGUUUUACAGCCUGCCAUUCGGGCAAGCUGUAGCUAGUAUGUACUAGCCAACAAGUCAUUUCAGCUAGCCCCAAUCCAUGUUUGAUUAGCAGGAUUGAUUACAAUCCUUCUGUAAUUUGAAUUUCCGCAAAAAACAGCACUUGCCCGUCAGGCAAGUUAAGAACAAAAAUCACUAGCCCGAUUGCUAAAUGCACUAGCCGCGCCCUGGGCUAUCGGACACGACUUUCUUUGCAUGCUGGGCCCUUAGUGACACUCUUGCCAUAGUCAAGAUUAACGGUGUUGUCAUUUAAACCCGUGACACUUGUGAUGGGUAUCACUAUAAAGGAGUGCUACAAAUUAAUGUCAAUGCAAAUUUUAGUAAGGCGUUUUGGAGAUGUGCCACAUCAUUACUGCUAACAAAAUGGCAUGGUUCAUGAAAAUGUUAUUGAGAAUCUCAAGAUAUCAUAGAGAGAAAUACUCAAUUUCAAUAAUUUUAAUAUCAAACAUUACCAAACAAAUAUUUCUGAAAAGCACUGAUGCUACAUUCACAUUUGACUUGCUUUUAUCAAACAGGUAAUUGUUUCUCUUACUCUCCAUUCCACAUCAUCACCUAAAUGUAUGGUAUCACUGAGGCCUGUUAUGAUUAUUUAAGGUGUUAGGAGUCUUUAUAGUGGAAUGGAAGCACAAUUAAGUUCGAACAAUGUUACAUAAUAUCCCUUAAUCAAUAUCUCUUCUAUUUGCUGGUGUGCAACAUGAAAGCAUGAGAAUUCUGAGGAUGUGACUGGCUUGAAAUUCUAAAGUCACACCCAUACUUGAUCUAGUGUUAGUAUUGAUACUCCAUAUCGAAAGGUCUCUAUUGUCUACCGGAAUGUUUUAGAGAAAAAUAGUGUAUUUUUUCCCACUUUCAGUUGGCUUAAGUCCAUGGAACAUAUCCCAACAAAAGGAUCAUUUCACACUGAAAUGAAAAAGGUCAAAAUUUGAUCAAAUGCUGUUUUUUUUUUGUUUGGCUCAAACGUUGUGUUUUCAAGGUUACUUAGGUCUAUGCUUCCCUCCCACCCCCACCCCCGUGAAAUAUAAGGCACAAAGGUUGCUCAUCAUGAAUACUGAUGGUAUACUACUCACAUGUUAAGGAUACAAUAUGAAGACUGUUAACAGAUGAUUAGCCUGCGUAGCUGGAGGGAUUAGCAUGGGAGUGCUGUUUUGGGCAGCGGAGCCGCGAGAAGAGUGGGUACAAGUCACUUCGUAUGGCGGCUCUGCCGCCCAGGAAAGUACCCCGGGCACAAGAAUCCCACCAGCUGUGUAGGCUAACAGGUGUUGUUUUGUGGUGUGGCCCUUUGAGUGAGUAGAUUCUGUGAACUAUGCCCUCUUAUCAGUGGUAGUUUUGUACAUAAUAUAUGACACAUAUGUAUUUACAUGAAAGAGCAAUGUAGUAAAGACUUAACAAUUACUACCGUCAUGCAUGUAGUCUUUGAUUCUCUAUUUUGAAAAUAUUUUGCUAUGACAAAUUUGUGGAAAAAAUUCUGUUAACCAUUAUUAAAUUUUGUCAUCAAUUACAGGGCUGUGACUGAGGGCCAGGGAUUUUCCCUUGACAGCAUCUAUGAGCAUGAUCCUGGCUACUUUCACAGGAAACAAAACAAAAGUAAAACACUUGUUAGCUUUUUUAUUACACCCU